AUGGUUGCCCGCCGGCUCGAUGGCACUGCCAUCGCCAAGAGCAUCCGCGAGCGCAUCGGCGCCGAGAUUGUUGAGAAGCAGAAGCUCAACCCGCGCUACAAGCCAUGCCUCAAGAUCAUCCAAGUGGGCGACCGCUCUGACUCCUCCACGUAUGUUCGCAUGAAGCUCAAGGCCGCUGAAGAGGCUGGUGUUGCGUGUGAGCUGCUGCACUACCCCGCCGAGAUCACUGAGCCCGAGCUGCUGGACCAGCUCCGCCGCCUGAACAACGAUCCCACGGUCAACGGCAUCCUCGUCCAGCUCCCCCUGCCGAGCCACAUCUCCGAGUACAACGUCACCUCGGCCGUCGCCGACGAAAAGGAUGUCGAUGGCUUCGGCACCAAUAACAUUGGUGAGCUGGCCAAGCGUGGCGGCAACCCCAUCUUCACCCCUUGCACGCCCAAGGGUGUCAUGCACCUCCUCCGCGAGGCUGGUAUUCCCCUGGCCGGCAAGUCGGCCGUCGUUCUCGGCCGCAGCAACAUUGUCGGCAGCCCCGUGAGCUACCUGCUCCGCAACGCCGACUGCACCGUCACCGUCUGCCACUCCAAGACGGCCGCGUUGGAGUCCUACCUCAAGAGCGCCGACAUUGUCAUUGCUGCCAUCGGACAGCCGCAGUUUGUCAAGGGCGAGUGGCUAAAGGAGGGUGCUGUGGUCAUCGAUGUCGGCACCAACUUUGUCCCGGAUGCCAGCAAGAAGACUGGAUACCGCCUGGUCGGUGAUGUCGACUUCGAGUCUGCCUCCCAGGUCGCCUCGGUCAUUACCCCCGUCCCGGGCGGCGUUGGUCCCAUGACCGUGGCUAUGCUUCUCGAGAACGUUGUUGAGGCCACGACCCUCUUCUUCCAGAACGAGAAACUCCGCAAGACUAUUCCUCUUCCCCUGAAGCUCGAGAGACCUGUCCCGUCAGACAUUGCAAUCUCCCGAGCUCAGACGCCCAAGCAAAUCACCCGCAUCGCUGCCGAGGUCGGCAUUGCGCCCCACGAGCUGGAGCCCUACGGGGCCUACAAGGCCAAGGUCGACCUGAACCUGCUCAAGCGACUGGAGCACCGCAGGGAUGGACGCUACGUGGUCGUCACAGGUAUUACCCCUACGCCCCUUGGCGAGGGCAAGUCGACCACCACCAUGGGACUUGCACAGGCACUGGGUGCCCACGUUGGCCGCCUGACCUUUGCCAACGUGCGCCAGCCCAGUCAGGGCCCGACCUUUGGCAUCAAGGGCGGUGCUGCCGGCGGAGGUUACAGUCAGGUCAUCCCCAUGGAUGAGUUCAACCUGCACCUCACGGGUGACAUCCAUGCCAUUACGGCGGCGAACAAUCUUCUUGCUGCGGCGAUUGAGACGCGCAUGUUCCACGAGAACACGCAAAAGGACGGCCCGCUGUACAGGCGAUUGGUUCCUGCCAAGAACGGCGUGCGCAGAUUCGCCCCGGUCAUGUUCCGCCGCCUGAAGAAGCUCGGCAUUGACAAGACCAUCCCCGACGAGCUCACCGAGGACGAGAUCCACCGCUUUGCUCGUCUCGACAUUGACCCCGAGACCAUCACCUGGCGACGUGUGCUGGAUGUCAACGACCGCCACCUCCGGGGCGUCACCGUCGGCACGGCGCCCACGGAGAAGGGCCAGAGCCGCGAGACCGGCUUUGAUAUUUCCGUUGCUAGCGAGUGCAUGGCCAUUCUCGCCCUCAGCACCAGCCUUGCGGACAUGCGUGAGCGCCUGGGCCGCAUGGUUGUCGCCACGUCGCGCAGUGGCGACCCGGUGACGUGCGACGACAUCGGUGCAGGCGGCGCCCUGACGGCGCUCAUGAAGGAUGCCAUCAAGCCGAACCUCAUGCAGACGCUCGAGGGAACACCGGUGUUUGUCCACGCCGGGCCGUUUGCCAAUAUCAGCAUUGGCCAGAGCUCCAUCAUCGCCGACAAGCUGGCGCUCAAGCUCGCAGGCACCGAGCCCGACGAGGACCACAACAGCACGGCUGGUUUCGUCGUGACCGAGGCCGGUUUCGACUUUACCAUGGGCGGUGAGCGGUUCUUCAACAUCAAGUGCCGCACUUCUGGGCUGGUGCCCGACGUGGUGGUCGUCGUUGCGACUGUCCGAGCCUUGAAGGUGCACGGCGGCGGCCCGCCGAUUGCGCCCGGCGCCCCGCUCAACCCGGUCUACAAGGAGGAGAAUGUGGACAUUCUGCGUGCAGGCUGCGUCAACUUGAAGAAGCACAUUGCCAACGCCAAGUCGUUCGGUGUUCCCGUCGUCGUCGCCAUCAACAAGUUUGCGACCGACACGGAUGCCGAAAUCGCCGUUGUGCGCGAGGAGGCCUUGGCCGCAGGCGCCGAGGACGCUAUCCUGGCAGACCACUGGGCUCAGGGCGGCGUCGGAGCCGUCGACCUGGCGCAGGGCGUCAUCGCGGCCUCUGAGAAGCCCAAGGCCCUAAGCCUGACGUACGGACUGGACGGCUCCGUGCAGGAACGCAUCGAGGCCAUUGGCAAGAAGAUGUAUGGCGCCGCCGCAGUCGAGUUCAGCGAGCUGGCACAGAAGAAGGUGGACACAUACACGAGGCAGGGCUACGGCAACCUGCCCAUCUGCAUCGCCAAGACGCAGUACUCGCUGUCCCACGACCCGGACCUGAAGGGUGCUCCCACCGGCUUCACGAUUCCCAUCCGGGACGUGCGCAUGGCCGCCGGUGCGGGUUAUCUGUACGCGCUUGCUGCUGAUAUCCAGACGAUUCCCGGCCUUCCUACGGCGCCGGGCUACCUCAAUGUCGACGUCGACACUGAGACGGGCGAGAUUGAUGGUCUGUUCUAG